AUGAACGCAGCGAACGCACCCUCUGAGCCGACAUAUUUACCAAAAUAUGUCAAAUGACCUUGCCAGUUUGUAAACAAUACCUUGACUUGAGAAUUACUUUUGGUAAAUUAUCUAACUUCCUUGUUGCAUAUUUUGAUUGCGGUAGUGUUUGCGAUAUUUGCAAGUGAAGAUAAAACGUGAAAAGAAAAAUGAAUAUCGAUUUCGAAGCUAUGGCUGUUUUAGAAGAAGAAUCACAAAGCGAGUCCCUGGGCGGCGGGGUGUACGGUUCAGUGGGGGCGUCUGGCGCGGAGGGUGGGGAGAGACGCGAGGGGGGCAAGCGCGGCCGCCGGCCCGGCAGGAAGGCGCAGCUCGACAAACAGGACAUGAAGGCCAAACUCGAACGCAGUCGCCAGUCGGCGCGUGAGUGUCGGGCUCGCAAGAAACUGAGGUACCAGUACCUUGAAGAGCUAGUAGCUGACCGGGAGCGGUCGGUCAUCGCGCUCAGGAAGGAAUUGGAUAAGUUUUACAAAUGGAUUGAAUUGGAUCAGGGCAGAAUGCCCGAGGGCCUUGAGGCGAUGCUCCAAGAAAUGGGCGUCGUCAAACAGGAAGAUGUCAAACCUUUUUGAAUUGUUUGAUUAUUUGUUGUUGAUUUUUUGUUUGGUAUCCUGGCAACAUUGGCAUGGAAUAACAAAAUAGUUUCUUUGCUAAACCAAAAAUGGAAAUUUCAGUUAUAUUUUGAUUUGUUAUUAUAUUCAUUUUAAGAUAAACCAUAUUUUUUUAUGUAAUAUAAGAAUUAAGAUAUGAUCGCUUUAAGUAAUUGUUUAAAAAACAUAAUAUAGGAUACGUAUCGUCGUUGAUUUGAUCAAUAAAAAAAAAAUCUAGACAUGUAGAUAGCUUUAAGCCGAAUAUUUAGAUUUAAGUUUGUAUUGGAAUGUAAACUGUAUACGUGGGUCAAUGUUGAGAAUGACUAAAUGGACGAUAAUAUUGUCUUAUAAGAUAUCUAUGAUGUGUUGAAUAAACAUUUUAACCAAAUUAUUAUAUACUUAUAUUGAUAUUUCGCCACCAUAAAGUACCAUCAUCACAUAUAUCGUAAGUAUAUUUAGCGCGUAAAUUUCUUGGUAAAAAUCAAACAUUUCUUUUUCUUCUAAAGGAAAGGUGAGUCUUUCGGCUAUACCGGUGGUUUAUUGCAAGAACUCAUUAACUGACAAAUAAAAAGUAUGAAUUAAGCCACUUUUAGUUUUAGUUAAUUUGUUUCGCCUAUAUUAUCUUAGAUAUAAUUAUGUUAAAAGUAAAACACUAUUCUUGAAUAUUUUUAUUCUUAAAAUCAAGUAUGUUAAAUAUUAUAUUAUGUUCAGGGCGUUAUAAACUGUAAUUGAUGAUUUUUUGCAAUUAGUGAGUUCUUGCAGUAAACCGACGAUACUUAUCUUACGUUUGUUGAAUGUUAAACAUGUCGCUGGUUCACUAUUACAAGGUUCUAUGUUAUAUAUGAUGUGCAAAUUGAGUUAUAUCACAUGAUUUUUUUAUUCAGUGAAAAUUUUCAAUAAGAUAAAUAAAGUGGAAUGGUGGAUUUUUUUUUUAUUUUUACCGACAUAAUUUUAUUUCUUAAAACAAUAACAUCCUUGUCAUAGUGAGCCUGCACUAUAUCUAUGUAUAUUAUGCACUUCAGGUUCAUGCCACAAAUAGCAAUGUACCAUAGUUGUAGUUCUAUUCAAUAAAAUUGAAAUAAUGUAUAUUGAUGUAUGUAUAAAAAAAUCACACGGUACAAAAUUGGUAGAAAUAUGUAACUCGAAAGUUUUACAAUAAUUAAGUGAAUUUCUAAUAAAUAGUUAAGCUACUGGAGUAGGUGUGUGCCUCAAAUAAUUAUAAUAUGCAUCUUAUUCGAGUAACAUUAUCUUCUUUCACUAAUUCAGAGCCACUGCUGCGCCGUGUCGAAUUUAUUCCAAUAUAAAUUAAUUUGUACUUACAUUUAUCGAAUAUUCUUUAGUAAAAAUACUUUUCUUCAUAAAAUAAAACUACGAUAAUUAAGACAGUGACUUUGCUAAAAUUUUGUUAAUAAAUUCAAUUAACGCAAAAUCUUUUAAUUCGUUAUAAUUUUUCUUAUUUCAUUAAUCUUUGACUACCAUGUUCGAAAGUGUAGUAAGUUAAAAUGAUAUAUUAUAUUGCCAAAUUAUUUAAUACGAAAUCACAAUUCGGCUAUAGAAAAACAUUUUAAACUAAAAAUUUAAUUUAAUUAUAACACAGUAUCUGUUCCAUUUUGACCGGUGCAUAAUUUAAUACACUUGAGAAUAUAUUUUUUAUUUAUUUGGUUUUCCAGCAGACUUGAACACUACGAUUAUAAUAAUUUAGAUAUUAUAACUUAUAGCUAUAAUGUAAGCCCGAGUUAGGAAAACUCAACAUGUAUAUAAUUGAAUCUAAAAAUGACUUCUGCGCAGCAAAUUAAACACAAUAUUUUUGGAGAUGUUUAAAUUUAAUAAAUAUGGCAAACAUGGUCUAUCAAUACAAUAGAGAACAGAUUUUCAUUUUAAUUAAGUGCAUAUCAUUGAAUUUUUUUUUUUUCAUUCUGCUUUAGAUUGUUUUUCUAAAAUAAAAAAAUAUUUUUAUCUCACGGCAUUGUAGUCUCUAAGGAUAGGUAUAGCUCAUUACGGUCUAUACACAGUGUUAAUUAGUCAUUAUCUAAUUAUAAACUUAUUUAUAGCGAGCUGUCUAAGACGGCGUACUCGUCAACAGAGUGAUAAAAUCAUAGAUAUUGUCGUUUUGUAGUUAAGUCUUAUAUGUUAUUCAUUCGUCUUUCUAUGACUUAUAGCACAAAUUAAUUAAUGAAUGGUAUAGCAGAGACCUGUAUAUAAUUGGUAGUUUUGUCUCUGCUAUUAUAUGUAGUUUAGUAUAAAAACAUUUACCUACACAUUCAAAUAUUAGCUCUUAUUUUACUUAUCAUGCUUGCUCGUCUGGCCACAGUAAAAUACAGUCUGGUAUAUUUAUGUAUAUUAUAAAGUAGACAAAACUUCGCUUAAACGCAUUUGAUCUUCAAUAAUUCAUAAUGAUUUAACAUAGUGCACCCUUAAUAAAAUAAUGACCUAUUUUAAAAUUGAUAAUUUGUGGCAGUCGUCAAAAAACUAUUUUUUCUUUGCUACCAUUUUUUUGAAGUUGCUAUAAAAUUGAACUCAUUAAAGAUAGGUAAAAAAUGAAACCUAUAGCAUGAAAAAAAAGGAAAAAAACUAAAAGGUCGCAAAUAGAAAAUGGUUGUUUGACGAUUUCUACAAAUUGGCAAUUUUGAAAUGGUUCAUUGUUUUAUUAAAAGUGCGAUAGACGCUCUUACAAUACUACAGUUUUAAUAUUGUGAAUCGUUCAAUGUUUUUUUUAUUUGAUCUGUCUUUUCAACGCUUUGUACUAUAUUAUGUAUAUAAUAAUUCUGCGUUCGUAACUUUGGCUACACAAUCACACUGUUAUUAUUAUAAGUAUAUACCUUCUAUAUAUUUAAGGCUUAUUUUUAGUUGUAACGAGUUUUUUCGUGCACUCCGCCGUUCAAUUAUUACUUUAUUUUCAAUUAUUUUUUAUUGCGUUAGGUGAUAAGGUUUUUUUUAACUAGAGUAUGCAAAUCGACUACUAUUAUAAAUAACGAAAUAUUUUAAGUUCAAUUCUAUGUUAAGUUUUGUCUACCAUUUUGUGUGUACUUUCCGAAAAUAAUAAUUCACAUUUAUUUCAUUCAAUACAUUUUUAAUAAAAAUAAUAUGUAUAAUUUAAUAAAAGUUCAAAAUACUUAUUUCGUUGGGAAAAAAAAAUAUCUCAUUUUUUAUAGUAAUAUUUAGAUCCACCUGCGUCGUAAUUUUCACUAUGCGCGAUUUUUUACUUUGUAGAAUGAAUAUUCGUUCCGAUACAAUUUAUUAAAACCAUAGACCAAAAAGAAUCUUUGCAAUCGCGCACACCUUACACAUUAUUAUACAUAACCAUUCAUAAAAUCAAUAAUCCAUAUACAAUUUACAGUUAGGCUUAGUUUUAAUUUAACAAUAUUUUUUUCUCCUUCCUUGGAUCAAUUAUUAGGUAUAGGUACGGAUUUCGACCGGUAAAAUUCUCGACAGUAAAAAAAUAUAAUGGUAAAUACUACUGGUGGUGUGUUGUACAUAUUCAGUCGCUACAACCACCUCUAAUUGUUUUAAGAAUUUCUAUCAAUAUUAUGUUUAUAGAAUGUGUAUUGGAUGUCUAAAUCACCGUAUACAUAAUUUAGAAUAUUUUGGGCAGCGAGUACCUAUUUUGUAGUGUGACAAUAUGUGUAAUAUAUAGGAGAUUUUUACAAUUAUUAGGUAUAGGUAUGGUUUCGACCGACCCGACAACACUUAUAAUAUAACGUUAAUUACCACUGGUGGCGUGUUGUACAUAUUCAGUCGCCACAACCACCUCUAAUUGUUUUAAUUAGGUUAGGCUUAUUUUUAGUUGACACCACAUUUUGUUUGCGUACUUCCUGCGUUCAAUUAUUAGAUUUUAAUUUAGUUUAUUGCUUUAGUUUAUAGGAUUUUGAUGCUUUUUAAUAUGUGUUAGAAUUUAUUCGUUGUAUUUCUGAAAAGGUUAUACUAUUUAAAGACUUGUUUCCUUUCUUUUUCCUAAUCGCCAUAUAUGUAACACUGUGGGGAAUAAAUAAUAGUAUUUUUUUUUAUUAAUAAGUUUAUAAACAACGUUUUAAACUAAUUGCAAAGUUGAAUUUUAAUUAAAAUUUCCUUGGAUCUUUAACUUCAACAUAUUUAAGGUUUGGUUUUAAUUUAUAACAAGUUUUUUCGUACUCCUGCGUUCAAUUAUUAAUUGUUAAUUUGUUUUCGUAGGUUAGGUUCAUUUUUUCAUUUUAUCAACCAAUUAUUGAUUUAGAUUAGAUAUUUUUUAUAAAAUUUAAUAACGGCAAAAAAGGCGUUGCAGCGUAAUUUCUUUUAGUUUCAUUUGCGUAAGGAUUAAAACUAUCUUUCUUGGAUGCCGGAUAUGGAUAAUAUCACGUUCAUGAACAAUAUAAAAAAUUAAAACAUUUACAUAUUAUAUUUAAUAAAUUAGUGUUAGCUUUUUGUCAUCUUUUGUCGGCAGUCCGCCUUAGAUAUUAUUAUUUUCGCUUGUCAUUCUACACGUGUUUAAAAAAAACAUUUUAAAAAGUCCUAGGAUACUGUAUAUUAUAAAAUUGUAUGUCGUAUAUUGUAUAUUUUGUAGGGAACAGGAACGCACAAUACAAUUUGAGAUCUUUUAAAUAGCAAAAAAUUUUGAUGCUUGAUAUUUUGACUCUCACUGUGACCAGUAAAAUGUAGCUAUUCAACUGUUCAUGGGCAGGCGAGCUGUUUGCCAGCAGAAGUAUGGCAAAAAAAAAAUAUAAACAACUCCACUUAUUACGUAGGAAGGAGUUUCUGAAUCUCUCGGUCUCCGAAGCUCGCCCCUGAGAUCAAGAGCGGCACGAUACCAACCAAACAAAUUGUCGUACAUACAGCAAGCGCCGAACAAACAGAGAGAAAAUUCAAAAGGACCUCCCACUCAAACUGUACAAUCCGCAGGCGCAGAAUAACAGCCCCGCUAAAGUGUUUCAAAAUCCCCACAAAGCCUUUGAAUCGUGGUGGACAUAUAAAAAGUUUUUACGUACAGGAAUACAUAGAACUUCUCCGUUUAUGUUUUAAAAAAAGUUUAUUGACCAAACUCCUUUAAUAAACAUAAAAAAAAGUUUAUUGUGUUGUUUCUGUACUCUCGGUGAUAGAGUCGUAUUGCAUUUCGUUUUAUGAUGCGUUUAUGUAUUUUUUUUAUUUUAUAUUUUCUAUUGGUUUCUAGAUUUCAUAGUUUAUGGUUUCUUAUGUUCACGCGAAUGUUAGACAUUGACCUAAAUUUAUUUUUGGAUUACAGCGAGAUUUUUGUUAAUUUUAAGUUACGUCAAUUUCAGUUACCUUACAUUUUUUGGAGAUUAUCCGUAAUUAAAGUAUACGGUAGAGUAAAAUAAUUGGUGGUUCUUAACUAGUGUAAUAAUCACAGGUGAAGUAAAUAAAUUGUUUUGUAAUUAUCAUUUAUAUAUGUACGUUAUUAAAUACUUGCAUCUACACGGAAUAUAAUGCGACACGAAAACAUUCGAAAAUACUUUAUACAACCGAAGGGAAAUCCACCUCAAAUAGCAAGUAAGUUUAGAUUAGACUUCAUUUUCUCUUGGUAGGUAUAAGGUCAGAAACUUUGCAUAUUACAAUUUUAUAUUGAAACACCGACGGCCCCAUUUUAACAUUUAUAACUAACUGUUUUCUAUAGAUGGUUUAGUUUUCAUUUUCUGUCAGUCGCCACUCUAUAACCAAAGAUCGUUUAUAUACUAUUCAUUUAAAAUACAAUUGCGUGCGAUAUUAACAUAUUGGCUUUGAAGAAUGGUGAAAAAUUUCAAAAGGGAUGCACGAAUCUAAUAUGAUACUGAUAGUGUUGAAUAGUAACUUAUAGUUUUCAUUUGUCAAAUUAAUAAAUCGAUAGGAAUCGUGUUAUAAGUACCGGUCACCACUGUGUUUGCGUGCAAUUAAAAAAGGGCCUUACUCUACGAGUAUGCCACACGUUAUUCUGAUAUAUUACAAGCACGCACUUCAUCGCGUAUAAUAUUACAAUUUAUAUUGUCAUACAGAAUACCAGGGAUGUUAUGGAUAUGAAAUUGCGGAUAUGGAUACGGAUAUGGAUAUAGGAAUAAAAUUAUAUCGGAUACGGUUACGGUUACGGAUAUGUAAUUAUUUCGGAUUAUCCGUUAGUUUCGGAUAGUUUCGGUUACGGAUAUUAGAUUAAAGUAAAAUAAAAAUAUGAAACACAGUAGGGCGACCAUUGCUAACUAUGGUUUGUCGUCAUCGUCGAUUAUUAAUUAUCGCUGAACUAAUUGGGGGACAUGGGUGUUCGGAAAACCUCUGAAUUUUAAUUUGAUAUGAAGUUUCAGUGAAGUAGUGCCACCUCCUCUCCGUGAGAUUUUUUUUCACACUGUUUACAUUUUGCAAAAUUACCUUCAACUUUAUCAAAAAAUGACCAAAUUAAAGUUGGUACAUACUUUGGACGCAUUUAGUCCUUAUAAAUCAAUUUAGUACGAAACACACCACUAUUCCUACACUUUAUUAAAUAAGUCUCCUGAAUAAAAAAAAAUACUAUUUAUGAAUGAUGUUAUCUUAUGACUAAAAAGUACAAACAAUCUACAUAUACAAGAUGGCGUGUGAGCGGUGAAACAAAAACCUGUCGAAACAUAUUAUCCGUAACUUACCCGAAACUUUUUUAACGGAUACGGUUGCGGUUAUGGAUAUAUUUUUAUUUCGGAUAUCCGAUAGUUUCGGUUACGGAGCUCCAUAACAUCUCUGCAGAAUACCAUACCACGCUAAUUUCACAACGAUAAAACACGGCCGCGUUCAGAUUUUACGCUGUCGCAGAGAAUAAUUCGCCUGAUAAGUUAAAACUAUAGUAAUACUUUGAAACACAUUUUUUUAUUUGAGUAUAAAUAGUAAUAAGGUGUAUUUUCAUACACACGCAUCUCCAAAUCGAUACAUAUAGAUAUGUAUUUAGAAAUAAGAAUAAUUAAGAAUUUCUAUCAAUAUUAUGUUUAUAAAAUGUGUAUUGGAUCUCUAAAUCACCGUAUACAUAAUUUAGAAUAUAUUGGGCAGCGAGUACCUAUUUUGUAGUGUGACAAUAUGUGUAAUGUAUAGGAGAUUUUUACAAAUAUUAGGUAUAGGUAUAGUUUCGACCGACCCGACAACACUUAUAAUAUAACGUUAAUUACCACUGGUGGCGUGUUGUACAUAUUCAGUCGCCACAACCACCUCUAAUUGUUUUAAUUAGGUUAGGCUUAUUUUUAGUUGACACCACAUUUUGUUUGCGUACUUCCUGCGUUCAAUUAUUAGAUUUUAAUUUAGUUUAUUGCUUUAGUUUAUAGGAUUUUGAUGCUUUUUAAUAUGUGUUAGAAUUUAUUCGUUGUAUUUCUGAAAAGGUUAUACUAUUUAAAGACUUGUUUGCUUUCUUUUUCAUAAUAGCCAUAUAUAACAUUCUGGGGGAUAAAUUAUAGUAUUUUUUUUUAUUAAUAUGUUUAUAAACAACGUUUAAACGAAUUGCAAACUUAAUUUUAAUUUAAAAUACCUUGGAUCUUUAAUUUCAACACAUUUAACGUUUGGUUUUAAUUUAUAACAAGUUCUUUCGUACUCCUGCGUUCAAUUAUUAGUUGUUAAUUUGUUUUCGUAGGUUAGGUUCAUUUUUUCAUUUUAUCAACCAAUUAUUGAUUUAGAUUAGAUAUUUUUUAUAAAAUUUAAUAACGGCAAAAAAGGCGUUGCAGCGUAAUUUCUUUUAGUUUCAUUUGCGUAAGGAUUAAAACUAUCUUUCUUGGAUGCCGGAUGUGGAUAAUAUCACGUUCAUGCACAAUAUAAAAAAUUAAAACAUUUACAUAUUAUAUUUAAUAAAUUAGUGUAAGCUUUUUGUGAUCUUUUGUCGGCAGUCCGCCUUAGAUAUUAUUAUUUUCGCUUGUCAUUCUACACGUGUUUAAAAAAAAACAUUUUAAAAAGUCCUAGGAUACUGUAUAUUAUAAAAUUGUAUGUCGUAUAUUGUAUAUUUUGGAGGGAACAGGAACGCACAAUACAAUUUGAGAUCUUUUAAAUAGCAAAAAAUUUUGAUGCUUGUUAUUUUGACUCUCACUGUGACCAGUAAAAUGUAGCUAUUCAACUGUUCAUGGGCAGGCGAGCUGUUUGCCAGCAGAAGUAUGGCAAAAAAAAAUAUAAACAACUCCACUUAUUACGUAGGAAGGAGUUUCUGAAUCUCUCGGUCUCCGAAGCUCGCCCCUGAGAUCAAGAGCGGCGCGAUACCAACCAAACAAAUUGCCGUACAUACAGCAAGCGCAGAAUAAACAGAGAGAAAAUUCAAAAGGACCUCCCACUGAAACUGUACAAUCCGCAGGCGCAGAAUAACAGCCCCGCUAAAGUGUUUCAAAAUCCCCACAAAGCCUUUGAAUCGUGGUGGACAUAUAAAAAGUUUUUACGUACAGGAAUACUUAGAACUUCUCCGUUUAUGUUUUAAAAAAGUUUAUUGACCAAGCUCCUUUAAUAAACAUAAAAAAAAGUUUAUUGUGUUGUUUCUGUACUCUCGGUGAUAGAGUCGUAUUGCAUUUCGUUUUAUGAUGCGUUUAUGUAUUUUUUUUAUUUUAUAUUUUCUAUUGGUUUCUAGAUUUCAUAGUUUAUGGUUUCUUAUGUUCACGCGAAUGUUAGACAUUGACCUAAAUUUAUUUUUGGAUUACAGCGAGAUUUUUGUUAAUUUUAAGUUACGUCAAUUUCAGUUACCUUACAUUUUUUGGAGAUUAUCCGUAAUUAAAGUAUACGGUAGAGUAAAAUAAUUGGUGGUUCUUAACUAGUGUAAUAAUCACGGGUGAAGUAAAUAAAUUGUUUUGUAAUUAUCAUUUAUAUAUGUACGUUAUUAAAUACUUGCAUCCACACGGAAUAUAAUGCGACACGAAAACAUUCGAAAAUACUUUAUACAACCGAAGGGAAAUCCACCUCAAAUAGCAAGUAAGUUUAGAUUAGACUUCAUUUUCUCUUGGUAGGUAUAAGGUCAGAAACUUUGCAUAUUAGAUUUUUUUAUUAAAACACCGACGGCCCCAUUAUAACAUUUAUAACUAACUGUUUUCUAUAGAUGGUUUAGUUUUUAUUUUCUGUCAGUCGCCACUCUAUAACCAAAGAUCGUUUAUAUGCUAUUCAUUUAAAAUACAAUUGCUUGCGAUAAUAACAUAUUGGAUUUGAAGAAUGGUGACAAAUU